AUGCCAUGCAUUUAUAAUUCUCUUCUCUUGUCCAAUAGCCUGAAAGAGCUAUUUGAUGUAAAGACCUAUGGUUUAUACAAAUCCACCUCCCAGGAGCCAAGACCCUCUGCGCCACCCUCACCCCGCGACGCCCCUGUCCCGUCCCGUCCCCCCCCCCACACACACCCCGGCACUUUCCUGGGAGUCGCCCGCCUCAUUCUCUCCCGGGGCCGGGCGACGUCUCCUGUCGACCCCGGCGGUUUGCGCUCGGCCGCGCCACCUCGACGGAGCCAGGCGGAGGCGCCGCCCGGACCAGCCCAUCCCCGGGGCUCAGAGCAUCCCCACCCCCGCCUUCCAUUCGGCGGACGCCCCUCGAACCCUCGGUCCCGCCAGCCUCCAACGAACGACCCCGUGACCUAG